AUGAUUGAACGUUUUCAAAGAUCCCUCAAAUCUUCUCUCCGAGCCAGAGCUGCUGACUCCGACUGGGUUUCUCAUCUACCUCUAGUUUUGUUGGGACUCCAUUCAGUUCCCAAAGAGGACACUGGUUUUUCCGUCUCAGAGGCAGUAUAUGGUUCUCCCCUGACGAUUCCUGGUGAAUUCUUAGAUGAUCCAGAAAUUCCAAGUUCACAAUUCAUCAGCAAAGUGGAGAAAGUAAUUGCCGGAUUUUCAACUCCUCCGACCCAUCAUGUUCAACAUUCGCCUCCAGUUGAGAUUCCUGCGGCUCUCAGGACAGCCAAGUUUGUGUUUGUUAGAGAGGAUGCCAGCAAACCUUCAUUCAGUCCUCUGUAUCGUGGUCCUUACCUAGUUAUAGAACGGCGGAGUAAAUUCUUCCGUCUCCAGAUUGGUACCAAAGUAGACUCAAUUUCCGUAGACCGUCUUAAACCAGUGAUAUCAGAUUCUCCAGUGAUUCCUGUAGCUCCUCCGCCUCGAGGACGUCCUCCUCUUCGCCAAUCAAAGGAUCCUCCUGACCCUUCCUCCGCCGCGAAGUCAUCCGCCUCCAAGAAGAAGUCUGUGCUGUUCUUAAACCAACCUGUAAUUAUACCAAGACGAAACCCUCACAGACAGGUCAGGAAAGAAGUCCUUGCUCCGCCUGGACUCCGCCUUGCCUUCUUGGGGGGAGUACUGUGGCGGAAGACGAUCUAA